AUGGAAUCUGGAAACAUGGAAAGUUGGGAUGAGGUGACCGCGCCUGCACCUGAAAUGCCAGAAAUCAAAUUGUUUGGAAAAUGGUCUCCAGAUGAUGUUCAGGUCAAUGAUAUCAGUUUAACUGAUUACAUUGCUGUCAAAGAGAAAUAUUCAAAAUACUUACCUCACAGUGCUGGUAGGUAUCAGUUAAAAAGAUUCCGCAAGGCUCAGUGCCCAAUUGUUGAAAGAUUGGUCUGCUCACUUAUGAUGCACGGUAGAAACAAUGGCAAAAAACUCAUGACUAUGCGUGUUGUAAAACAUGCCUUUGAAAUCAUCCAUUUACUCACAGGCGAGAAUCCUCUGCAGAUACGUGUUAAUCAGGCCCUUUGGCUGCUUUGCACAGGAGCCCGUGAGGCUGCAUUCAGAAACAUCAAGACCAUUGCCGAAUGUCUAGCUGAUGAGCUCAUCAAUGCUGCCAAGGGUUCCUCCAAUUCUUAUGCAAUUAAGAAGAAAGAUGAACUGGAACGAGUGGCUAAAUCCAACCGUUAA